AUGUUAUUGUUACUACAUAAAUAUGAAUACAUUGCCUUGUUACAGGUCACAGAUUCUUCCGAUUUUCCACUGUUCGACAUUUGGGUCGAAUCUGCUUGCUGUGGCCGUCCAGUAUGGGUUAUAGAAUCAUACGGUCGUCGGGUGUUAGUUCUCUCCGAGUUGAGUAGAAGAGGUGCAAUGUCAUUUUUGCCGCUGAUGUCUCUCUUCCGAAGAAGGGCGAGGCUUGCUGCACAAAGUGUGAUCGACUGGAAUGGCGACCUCAUUGGAUAUUUCUUGCCCGGCGACCCGUUUUUGAUACAGGACAACAAUCGAGGUCUAAUUGGUAGAUGUGUUCGGAUGGAAAGCGACAACGGAGCAUGUUGGCAGUGUUUCCUCGAAGGAAGCGAACGUGAGGUGGCUCGGCUAGAACGUGGUCAUCUGCGAUUCGCAUCCGACGUCUCGUUCCAGUUGAAGCUGCUCGUUCUUGCCGCCAUGGCGAGGGUGGUGGGCCAGCCACGGGUGCAAACCAACUGUUUUCCAUUUUUGAGAUACUAG